CUGAUUUUUGGUAUCACAUCCAAAUAAAAUUAUAGAGAUACAGUUGAAUAAGAGCUAAGUAAUUUUUUUUAUUUCCAGAUAAUGAGAUAACACAAACAAAAGAUAAAUGCCUAUAGCUGAAAAUAAUAACUAAUUUGUGUGGUUAGUAUCGCGUGGGAGUUUGAGACCGUUCGAGGUCGUGAUACCAGAGACGUUUGUGUUAUUGGACAAAAUUAUAAAAAGUGAUGUAUCCUAAUAUAAAAUUUAUAUUUUUAAUUUUAUUUUACAAUUUUACUGCCGGGACGUCCAAGGACUGUUAUUGGAAUGCCGACUGUGUUUAUAAGUAUUUUUCAAGUAAAACACCUUACAAUCUUGUGAGAGGCGAUAUAAGAGAUUCCAAAGUGAAUAUAGAAGGAUGCGAACCUAUUAGUAUUUGGGCUAUCAUAAGACAUGGCAAACGAAGUCCAGGAGUCGAUUUUGCAAGAAAUAUGUUAGAAGCGUUGGUGCUACGAGAUUAUAUAACGACUAGCCACAGUCAAGGGAAAGGUUCAAUGUGUACUCAAGAUGUUGAAAAUUUACGUGAUUGGGAACUCGAUAAUGGCUUAUUCGAACGACAACACAUGCUUACUGCCGAGGGUUAUCAAGAGAUAAUGGGAAUAGGGAGAAGAUUAAAAGAAGCGUAUAAGGAAUUACUAACGGAUCUCGAAGAUGAGAGCUAUUCUUUACGACCGGCUUAUGGACACUGGGUAGAGGAUGGUGUCGAAGGCUUCGUUAAAGGUGUUUCGAAUGAAUCAUUACUUGUCGAGAACUCAAAUUCUCAGUACGAUAUAAUGGCGCCUUAUGAAGCCUGCCCUAUGUAUAUGGUAGGCGUAAAGCAAAAUCCAGCUACAUACAAGGAAUCAAAAAAAUACCAACGCUCGCCAGAAUUUACCGCACUUAUAGAUGGUAUUCAAAAACGCACUGGCAUUGAUUACGUUCUAACAAACACAAAUAUAACAUCAUUGUACGACCUGUGUCGGUACACAUGGUCUGAUAAAGACUAUACUGGCAGUCCGUGGUGCGCCUUAUUUACAAAAGAAGAUCUCUCUAUGAUAGAGUACUACAGCGAUCUGAGACAUUACUAUAGAAACGGUCACGGUACGCCGAUGAAUGAGAGAUUCGGGCGAAUACCUAUGGGCGACUUGUAUAAGACAUUUGUUAAUGCUAAAGUGAAUAAACACAGGAAAUUAACAACGUAUUUCACACACGCUACCAUGAUGGACAUGCUGUAUAGCGCUCUUGGAUGGUACAGAGAUAAAUUUCCUUUGACCGCUCUAUAUAGAGAUCCGAACAGGAAAUGGAGAUCGACCAUGACGGCGCCGUUCGGUGGAAAUUUAAUUGCAGUGUUAAAUAGGUGUUUAAUUGACAAUAAAGAAGACUACAAGAUAGUUUUCUACUCAAAUGAAAAGUUAGUUACUUCGAUGUGUGACAACGGAGUCUGCUCGUGGCAGCAAUUUGAAAACCAAUUCAGGCCAUUCCUAAAUGCUUCUAUAGACUUCUGUUUUGCUUAAAAAUACAUCUAGUUUUUGCAGACGUACACGUUGCACCGACUUAGUAAAAGCAGUAGUUUUUUGCAGAAAAAAAAAACAA